ACAAGGCGGCUUAUUGAAAUGAAAGUACAAAACUCGUGGAAAGGAAGUACCAAUGGCAAGACAGACGACGAGAGCAGUGACUCCGAAUGCUCAUCUCAAGAGGAGGACGUUCUAUUUAAGGAUAUGUCAACGAAACAGAAAAUCAAGUUUGUCUUCACAAUUAUUCUGAAGUUGUUAUCUUUCCUUAGUUGUCUGUACGUCUUCAUUGUCUCCCUUGGUUUAUUGGAGUCUGCUUUUCAACUAUUAGGAGGUAAGGCUGCAGGCAAGGCAUUCAACAGUGGUGUGUUGUCUAACCCCCUAGCUGGACUAAUGCUCGGUGUCCUGGCUACAGUUAUGGUCCAGAGCUCGUCUACCUCUACCUCCAUUGUGGUCACGAUGGUAGGCUCUAACAUAAUACCCGUGGAAAAAGCUGUUUAUAUUAUCAUGGGAGCUAACAUAGGAACGUCAGUAACCAACACCAUUGUCUCCCUUGCUCAAAUCAGUAACAGGAACGAGUUCAGAAGAGCUUUUUCUGGAGCUACGGUUCAUGAUAUGUUCAACUGGCUAGCGGUCAUCGUUCUAUUGCCUAUAGAAGUAGCCGUUGGUUACUUAAGCUGGCUAUCAGGUCUUCUAGUCGAUUCAAUGGGUCUAAAGGCUGGCAGCAGAAGUCAAGCUCCUGACAUGUUAAAAGCUAUCACCAAACCUGUGAUUGACGCAAUAGUCCAGGUCAACGAAGACGCGAUCAGUGACGCGGCAAGAAACGUCAACAAUACAGGUGACGUAUUGAAGCGAUGGUGCAAGAGCCAGGUCCUUGAGGUCAACACUUCCACUACUCACCACGACUUUAUGGAGGUCAACUGCAGCGACUCAAGUCUCAGCAACAACCUGCGACGCAUCUGCACUGAGGUCAAUACUGGCUCCAUGGCUGGGUACAGGAAUAUCAAUUUGACCGCUGAGUGGGACACUCGGGAUGUGGUCAAUGAGACUGUCAACAUAGAAAGAUGUGAUAGUUUAUUUUCAUUGAGUGAUCUUCACGAUGCACCUAUCGGAGCCAUCAUACUCAUCUGUUCCCUGAUUCUUCUGCUCCUUGCCUUGUUCCUGAUUGUCAAAAUUCUCAACUCAAUGCUGUCCGGAUCAGUCAUUAAAGUCAUCAAGAAAACAAUCAACGCGGACUUUCCCGGACCCUUCGCAUACUUCACGGGUUACGUAGCAUUGAUAGUGGGUUGCGGUAUGACUAUGAUUAUCCAAAGCAGUUCCGUCUUCACCUCAACACUGACCCCAAUGGUGGGACUAGGGAUCGUGUCCGUCGACAGAAUGUAUCCCAUGACCCUGGGAUCCAACAUAGGGACAACGAUCACAGCCAUUCUUGCAGCGCUCUCCCAGAGUGGAGACAAAAUGAGGCUUGCCAUGCAGAUUGCAUUAUGUCAUCUCUUUUUCAACAUCUCAGGAAUCAUGCUCUUCUACCCAAUCCCCUUUCUCAGGUGGCCUGUGAGCCUUGCUAAAAAUCUUGGCAGAAUCACUUCCAAGUACAGGUGGUUCGCUAUUUUCUACAUCAUCCUCAUGUUCAUAAUGCUACCCGCAGUAGUCUUUGGGCUUUCAAUCGCUGGAUGGAUCUACCUCGGAGCGAUCGGAGGACCUAUUCUCUUCUUUUUCAUCAUUGUCAUCAUCAUCAACAUUCUGCAGAAGAAACAGCCGAGGUUUUUACCAAGCAAACUCCGUACAUGGGAGUUUCUUCCUUUGUGGUGCCACUCUUUAAAACCAGUCGACAAUCUAAUCGCAAAAGCUUUCACUUGUAAAUACUGCAGAAAGCUACAGCAAACGUCAAAGGAAGACAAGGAAGAGCCACUUGAAAUGACAAUAACCGUCGAGACCCCAGAAGUCAAGAAGAAAGACAUUUUAGAAGAGGACAAGAUGUUGAAAGAUCAAACAGAGCAUUCAAAGGAAGAUAAAGUCUGCAAAUUAAAAACAAUCGAAUCAAAUGACGUUGAAAAUUUUCUCGAUUCUUCAUCGACAGAGUUUCAGAACGAUGUUUUCGACAAAUGCAGCAAAUUUUAAAUGUUGGUUCUGAAAAAGCUUGGUUUGGUUUAAAAAUAACCUUUUUAAAUCCUCGAGUCUCAAUGCAUACUUCUCAGGGUGUUAGUAUGCCAUUGGACUAAGCCUGUAUUUGGCUAAAAAAUAGAGAAUUAAUACAUGAGCUUAUAUAGAUUCUCAGGCAUAGAAGCCGGGGCUUAUCAAAGACAGCCUUAUGAACAAAUUUUGGACCAAUGAAAUAGUCCCAUUAACAAAAAUAUAAUGAAAGUUUCAUCUUUCAAAAAAAAAUUAGCACAAACACUGACUACUGUUUGGCGCAACUUGAAUGUGAAAGUCUGUGGCAGUGAAAUGCAUUUCUGAAGAGCAAUUAAAGCGUGAGUCAUGUGGAUAAUAAUAUUAUGUACAAUAUACUGAAGUUUUACUGUAUGUUGAGUUGAAAAAGCAGUUUAUUAUUGGACAAACAUUUACGUAUUUAUUGUGAAACAUUUCCAAAGAUUUGCCAUUAUGAUGGAUGAAUUUUGUAUUGAAAGACAAUCAGAAUUAAAGUAACAAAACUUAAGAAUAACCUUUUUUUUAUUGGUUAGUGGGAUUGUUAUAUUUAAUCAUACAUUCAUCUUUCACUUAUAUCACUAUGUAAAAAAUGUAACAUUUCUACUGAUGACAUCUGUUUGUAAAUGUGUGUGUAUUUGUGUGUGUGUGAAUGUGAAUUUUAAUUGUGAAUUUUACCUGUACCGUUGUAUUGAGAUAAAUAAAUUAUUAAUUUGUAAUAAAUCUUUUU